CCCAGUGGGCCGAGAGCCGUCGCGCCGCCGCCGCUGAGAAGCUCGGCCGGGAAGGCAGCCGCCCGCCCGCCCGCCGGCCGGAGGAUUACUGGGGCUGGGGAAGGGCCCGGGGGGCUUCGCAGGGUCGCCGCCGCCGCGUCGCUUUCUCGGAGGAGGUCCUGCGCCUUUCCCGAGCGGAGCGGAGCCGAGCCGAGCGGAGCCGGUAAUCGAAUGGACCACCAACCCACCCCCAGGAGUUGCAGCCGGGGGCCCCCAGCCUGCGAAGCCGUCCAGAGCGACCCUUCCAUGAAUGUUCAUAUCCACACGACUACCGGGGCCCGGUAUGAACUAUCUGUCCCCUUGGAAGAGACGGUGGAAGGUCUGAAAAGGAGACUGUCCCAGAGGCUGAAAGUGCCCAAGGAAAGACUGGCUCUCUUGCACAAAGAAAGUCACCUUAAUUCAGGCAAACUGCAGGAUCUAGGAGUCGUGGAAGGAAGCAAGUUGACUCUGGUACCUACGGUGGAAGCAGGCUUGAUGUCUCAAGCAUCCAGGCCCGAACAGUCUGUAAUGCAGGCUUUGGAAAGCUUAACGGAAACUCAGGUAAAUGACUUCCUCUCCGGAAGGUCUCCCUUAACCCUUGCCCUGCGCGUCGGGGACCACAUGAUGUUUGUCCAACUUCAGCUCGCGGCACAACAGACCGGCAGCCAGCUGCAGCAUCGCCACGUAAUAGCCAGCCGUGGAGAGCCAGCCGGUGGGGGAAUGGCAACGCCGCCCGUGCCAGUAGCGGGCCCAACCACCGCCAAUUGCCGCACGUUCCACGGAGGCAGCAGCCCCACUUCUGGUCUUGCUCGUGUCCCAGUGGUGCCUGCUUGCCAGCAGAAUCCAGCCCCAAGUCCUGCUACCCCUUCAUCAUCUGCUCAGGCUGCACCUAUGUACUGUAAUGCUGCCCACCCCACACCAGUCACGGCAGGCAUGUUCCGGUCACACGGGGCCAGCACGCAGGCGGUCAGCAGCAGCAGUGUGGUCUCCUCGUGUUCAGAGGUGGACUGCACUGCACGGAGUAAUGGUUUGCCCAGUGCUAGCCCAGCCCAGCGUUCCCGCAAACCUGGUGCUGUGAUUGAAAGUUUUGUUAACCACGCUCCAGGGGUCUUCUCUGGAACUUUCUCUGGCACUUUGCACCCAAACUGCCAGGACAGCAGCGGGCGGCCCCGGAGGGAUAUUGGCACCAUCCUCCAGAUCCUCAACGACCUGUUGAGUGCCACGCGGCACUACCAGGGCAUGCCCCAUUCCCUGACGCAGCUGCGUUGCCAGACCCAAUGCUCUUUGUCCUCAUCGCCACCGCCCUCCCCAGAUCUUGCCAACAACGCUACCUCAGACAAGCUGGCAGCUGCUGGUCACCAUCCUUUGCACGCUGGGCUCCCGUGUCCAAGCCAAGCGGGGAUCUGCAAGCCUUCAGGUGACCGCUUGCGACAGACAGAGAACCGGGCCACCCGCUGCAAGGUGGAACGCUUGCAGCUCAUGAUGCAGCAGAAACGGUUGCGCCGAAAAGCCCGUCGAGAUGCCCGUGCACCAUACCACUGGCUGCCGAACCGCAAGUCCACUCGAAGCCACAGCAACAGCAGCGUUUCCAGUGAAGGCAGUUUGGACCUAGACUUUGAAGACUCUGUCUGGAAGCCAGAGGUCAAGGCGGACAUGAAAUCUGAAUUUGUUGUAGCAUAAAAUCAACAAACCUUGGGUGGAGCAAAUCAGCGUGUAGUCUUUGGGGGGAUAGGUCAUGACGGAAAAAAAAAAGACCCUUUAGUAAUAAUUAAAAAAAUUUUGUCUGUGAGAGCAAAAGUUUUGGGUGCUUGAUUUCUAAAGAGAAAGACUUGCUUGCUGUGGAUUUCAUGGGGCGCAUCUCUUCUUCUCGGAUAUCUUGAGGUGGACAAGAUGUCAGAACUGGAACAGUAUUUUCUAUUAUUUUCAAAAUCGGUUCUGGUUUUAUUUUAAGAACUGAAAUGGUUUGGGGCAGAGUGAGAAAGUGAGCAAAAGGGUGCUCUUUCCCAGAAAGAACUUACAUGGACGGUGGCAAACGUUUUGGUUUAAUUUUUGUUCUUGUUGCAUCUUUAAGAAAGUGGACCCUUCAUAUGGCUGCCUUAUACAGAAUGACUUCUUGAAGAGAACACGCAAAGGAACUGGACUUGAGAACCUGCGGUUGGUGGGGGAGGCGGUUGAAGGACACAGACUUGCUCCUGACUUCCUGAUACGGUUUUCAGGGAGGGAAGGCAAAACUGGGGGACCUUGUGGUGUGUCGAAGCUGCUGGUUUCCGUGAUGUUCAUUAAGAGAUGAUUUUAUUGCUAGAAGCUUUCCACCCUUCCCCUUUUUACAUUUUUCUGUGUAACGGGAAGCGCUGUGCAUUUUUCAGAUGGAAAGCGGUGUCCUGAAUUGGGGGUGGGUCAAAAGAUGGAUUUGAGGGGGCGUGUGUGUGCAUGUGUGUCUACUUCCCUGGAAUAUGUAGCAUUUCUCAGCUAACUUUUGAUCUAGCCAAUCAAAGCCCCAAACACCCCUGUCCUCAUUACAACUGGUGUUUGCGUCAUGAGAACCGCGUGCACUUUAGCGGUGAAAUGAUAACAAGCCCGGAAAAUGCUUUAAAUUUUCCAAGAUGUUGAGUGGGAGAGGAAAAUGUUGUUUGAACUCAUGAGGGGAGGUCUUCCCCCUCUCACCCCCCCCCUCUCAAAAGUGUACAGACAGGUUACUGUGCUUUUUUAAAAAAAAAGCAAAGGGAGCUAAACCAGGCCUUGGUCUCCAAAAUAUUCCCCUUCCCACCCUGCCUAGAGCUUGGAGUGGAUUCUGUCCUGGAAGAGGCUUCUAAAGCGCCAGCACAGCCUCCAUUCUAGCUCUGCUUCUGCUGGCGCUUGGAUCCUUCUGUGUCUUGUCAACUUUUUCAUCUUGAUUUUUGGAGUUGCACAUUCUUUCCCAUUUUGGAGGUGCCUGUGAUAGAGACCACUUAAAACCAGGUACCUCUGCUGCCACCCCCCUAGGCGGACUUUCUGACACCACCUUGACAAGUUCCCUGGUCUGUGAUGUGGUGUUACACCCCUUUGCCUGUUCACGGGUCAGCCUGCACUUCUGCACAAGUGCAGGAAUUCAAUGCUUACCCUCUGCUGUAGAGACCAAGCUUUCUUUUCCAUCUCUUACUUUUUUUUUGUAAAGGAUUUUUUUUGUUAAAUAAAGUGACACAAAUAAGUAUCUGGGAACACUUGUAUAGAUACUUGGGGGAUUUUUUAAUUAUUAUUUAUAGACUUUUAAAAAUGAUCUGAGCCAGUAACUUUUCAUAGGCUGUAGAAAUUGUUCUUGUCUCUUUUCUGUGCAGAACUAGGAACCACAUGCGGUUGUGUGUGUAUGUGUGUUUGUGUGUUUGGUAGGUGACCUAAGAGGAGAUGGAAUGUGUGAAGAGUAAGGAAGAAUUGACAUUCUUAAUUCUUUGUUACUUGGCCCUCAUUUUGCAGCAGUAAAGCAUAUAUAUAUUAAAAAAUUUAAUCUGCUCUUUGAAAACAGGAGUUAGUCCUUUGGGAUAUGCCUGUACUAGGGUGUAGACAUAAUGCUGGUCUAGCACCCAUAGUUUUCCUGGCAACUUAUUAGUACCCUUCCAAAAACUGCAUAUCCCAAGGGCUGUUUUGGAGAAGCUUGGAUGGAUGAUAACCCAGGUGAAACCCUGUUUAAGACUGGCAUGUGGGUCUGGCCCAUUAAUGUUUGUGUUCUUUCCAAAUCUAGUUCAAGGGAUGCUUUGAGGCUAAAGUUUGAAGGUGGGUUAGAUUUCUCCAUGUAGUUUGUUGAGCUGGGAUUAUUUUAUUUUACUGUCACUUGGGAAGCUAAAACAACAAAACCCCUGAACUCAAUAGUGGUGCUCUUUUGUGUGUGAUUCUCUCUUGGGCCUUACUGUGCUUGCACCAAUUUUGAAAUUGGGGAGUGUACAUGAGUGUGCAUGUGAGUAGCUCCUGCCCCCCCCCCACACAAGAUGGCGGCUCAAAGCCCCCUAUCCUCUCCUUGCCUCUUCCCCAAACACUCCCUUUGUUCAAGCAUCCCCACAAAAUUGGUUCUAGAUCAGUAUUUAAUCGCACACCUUUCUUUGUAAGGAGAUGGUUGCAUCCUGAAGAGAGGAAAUCGGCAGGUGGUCUCCACUUAUAGCUGGAUGAGGUCUUAGUUCAGCAAGAACUUUUAACACUAUUUGUUGUUCUGUGUGUGUGUGUGUUUAAAGCAGGGAAUUAUUUAAAGCAAACCAGAAUAGACUUCUGGAGCAAGUGCCUCACUCUGGAAUCAUUUGCACAGCCAUCACUCAGUUCAAUAUUUGCAUUUUUCCCUUGUGAUAAAUCCCUCGUCCCUUGCAAAGUUCAUCCUUGGGGCCCAUGUUGUGUUACCUUCUGGGCAUCCUCUGAAGGACUCCUUCCUGGAAACCAGAGGCCCGCAACAGGAGAUGCUCCUAGGAAACAGGAAGUGCUGGAAAGGAAUGUAACCUCUCAAGAGGGUGCUGGCUUUGGACCUUGCUGACAGUUUUCCUUUUGCAACCCCCCCCCUUAAAUUUGUACACACUACUGGAUUUUCUAAGUUCCAUGCUUUUUAUGGAGUAGAGCAAAACUUUUUUCUCAUUGGCCAUUGGGUGCCAAUGGAAAGUGUCCAUUUCUAUAUUUAAUCCUCCAGUGCGGGCUUGUGUGUGCACGUUUUUCCAUUCCUGCCUUUGCAAUCUGAAUUAACCUGAAUAGAAAUCUGGGGGAGGUUCCCCCCGCUUCCCUCUACCAUGGAAAGUUUGUGUACAGAGACUUGUUAAAGUUUGCCAAUGAAAAUUGCACAAGAUAUCCGAAUGGAUGAGAUUAGUGGCAGGGUCACGUGAUCAUUUCAUACUGGAGUGACUUUAACCUACACCCUUCUUGUUUCCUCAAAUAUGAUGGCUGAGGAGUGGUUAAAAUGCAAACCAAUAGUGUUUAACGUCACCCAAGUUUCACAAGCAUUCUGUGCUCUGAACACUUGUGAUGAUUAGGGGGGGGGGUCCCCUCUUUUAGAAAGUGGGUUUUAAUAUUUUGUGUGAAUGAACUUUUUGUGAUGGCUAGUUUGUGCUGAGUUUAUUCCCAUCCUUUGAGAACAGCCCCGGGAAAAGCAUGGCGUGCUGAAAUGGAAGCAGUGGAGGAUACAUCCAUUUACCAUUAAUAAAAUACAGAAUCCCAUUGAAAGGCAAAAUGUGUGUCUUCCAGAGAGUCCAAAGAGUUAUGUUAAUUUUAACUUGGGGGGGGAGGGUGUUGGGUGACCAGCUUUUGAAACUAAUAAUUCUCCUUAAGCAUUUCCUGCCUCUCGUGUCCCCACCCUGAUAUGUAGCAAGAAUAAAUCUUCCUCCCCAUCUUCCCAUACAGAUGUCUUUUGUGUAUUUAAAAUGUCGCACAGCCCCUCUGCUGCCACCAAGAUCUGUAUCCAUCCCAGUCUUUGUAUGGAACAAUUUGGUGGUAGUCCCUUGCCAACCAGAGGGGAAGUACUAUUCCCCCUCUGGUUAAAAAAAAAUUCCUUACACUUCCCGUUUCUUUUCCCUAGAUGUGAAAUUCCUUUUGUAUGUGAUGCUGUAGCGGUUUUUUUUUUAAUUUUAAUUUUUUGAAAUGUUUUUUAUUAUAUAUUUAAAUGUACUACUUUUUCUUGUAUGGUGUGUCUGUGUGUGUACAUGUGUGUUUCCCUGUCACCCAUUUUUCCACCUUCUCAUCUUGGGUUUUUAUUUUUUGUUCUGGUUUUUUAUUUAAAAAAAAAUCAGCAAAAAGAAUGAGAGCAAAAAGCAUUACAAAUAAUUCUUCUGUGUGUGUGUGUGUUGAAAGAGUGUUGGGGGGAAGGGGGGAUGCGUAGACCUGUUAUCACCUCAUUUAAGUUACCUGUAUUAAAAAAAAAACUUUUAAAAAUGGUUUAAAAAUAAUAAACACAAAAUAAAGAUUGCUUGAG